AGCCCUCAACUUCCAAUUCCCGGCCUCCCUCUAGUUUGUCACAGCACAACAACAAUAAUCUAAUCUUCACUCAGGAUAAAUAAAAAACUCCGCUUAAGUUUGUCUGUUCGGUUUUGCGAAAGGGAAAUGUCCUCUAAUCCUGGGCCGGAUGCAGAUGCGGUAUGAUAUUCCGCACUACUCAGGACAACCCAGAGCCCUGCCACUAACUUGGCCUAGAUUCGCGACAAGCGACUCGCCAGGCUUGCGCGACUUGCGGGAUCCUCUUCGCCCAAACUCUCUGUUACUCCCCACGAUGGGGAAGCGAGCACUUCCCAGCCCGUUGAGAAAGAGAACGAAGCCUCGAGACCUCGGCCCCAAGCUCUUCCCACCACAGAGACACCUACAAUUCAAGUUCCGGAUAGACCAUCGGAGUCGACAUCAGAAGGAGUAGCUUCAUCCCCGCCGCCAGAUGCACCCUUGUUGACAAAGUCGCCACAAACUCAGCCAGCCGUAGGCAAUCCCCCUUCAGGCGUCCUUACGGCUGCGGAGGCGUGGGAAGAUAAGGUGCUGAGGCAGAUAUUUCGAGUUGCCCUAGAGGUUGGUAUUCGGGUUGAUUUAUUCUUUCGAAGGAUUUCUCAAGCAUCCUUGGGUUGUGGAGGCUAAUAUAGUCUACAGCCAGGGCCCCGCUCGGCUGGACUGUAUAUCUUGGAUGAUCUGCGGAAGGAAUUAGAGGAACAGUUGGAUAGUGAAGGUAAACGUAAGUUUAUGAUGCUCUCUCCCCCCGCAACGAGCCUUUAUUCUGACUUUAUCUAGGUCCACGCAUUGACGUUGCGAUCCUUGAUCAGUUAAUACUCUCAGUAUGCGCUAGACCAGAAGUUGUUCCCAUGGAUUACCUUGUGGGGUCGUGGAGGAGAGCUUCAAACAUGCAACGUACGACGCCUGCAUCCCGAAUGGACGAUCACAAAAGAAAUAUCCUUCAAACUGCGCAGAGACUCUGCCUCAAUUAUGGAGAAUAUUGUGUUUCCAUGCCCGAUGUUUUCAGGUAAGCAUCUAGCAGAGGAAUAUGUGGUCUCUAAUUCUUCCCACUGAUAUAUAAUAGUAACGAACGCGCUCUUAUCCAACUAGCGGACCGGUUACAAGCAGAUUCGGACGAAGAUCGCGGACUUCCUCAAGAAUUUCUGAACGACCUCGUGAGUCGACUGCAAGACAACCCCGAUCUGGGCCAAUACUUCCGGGACGCACUUCGAACUCUGAGUAGCACGCUGAGCGAAAUGAGCAUGACAGACAACUACAAGCCCUUUAUAACCGCCCUCGGGAGGCUUAUGCAUCAUAAACCUAUCAUCGGCAUGUUAGUAAAUCUACCGGAGUUUCUGCCUCCUCCGGAAGAUGUUCCGGCCAACCUUUUAGAAAAGCAAACAAUUUUGGGCCCUUAUUUCCAAAUCUCGCCCCUCCAGGUAUUACCAACCCUACUCUCGUUCCGUAUUUUGAGGCUGUAGUCUAAACUUUCGCCUAGACAGCGGUUUGCAAAGCCUAUUUUACAGGUGCGAAGACAAAACCUCCAACAAGUAUCAACGAUGCAACCAGGGCGUUGCGACUUUCACUCCAGACAUUACAGGUAAGCUUACAACCGAUAUUGCAUGGGUCUGGGGCUGACCGAGUUUCCCAGGAUCAAUUACAUCAGAUUGUUAUGAUGAUAAUUCGCAGUUCACUGGAGGCUAGAGGGAAGGUUCUUGACUUUUUUGCCCGUGUGAUCAAUCUGAAUUUGAAGCGUGGUGCUAUCCAAGUGGAUCCCGCCACUGUAGCCUCAGAUGGUUUUAUGCUCAACAUCAACGCUGUUUUGACCAAACUUUGUGAACCAUUCAUGGAUGCAUCGUUCUCCAAAGUCAGUUCUGAAUUUUCGCCCUGUUGAGUCAUAAUUUUCAAUUUGCAGUUUGCUGAAACACAACCAGAUUGAUAAAAUAGAUGUCGAAUACUUCCGACGGCAGCCACGUUUAGACAUUUGUGAGGAAACGAAGAUAAACGUAGAUGAAAGCCGGGCAAACGAAUAUUAUUCUAAAGAAGUUGAAGGAUCGAACAAUUUCAUAUCCGAGGUGUUCUUCCUAAAUGUUGCCGCACAUCACUACAGCCUCAGGGCGGCAGAGACUACACAUGACCAAUUGACAAAAGACAUUGGAGAGAUGGAAAAACAUCUUGAGAGAUUCAUGGCGGAGAGGCAGAAGUGGCUCGAUGUACGUUUUCGCUGCUCACCACGCUCCGCCAGCUUGCUAAUUAGAUAAAUAGUUGCCGCAGCUUGCAACAUGGGAUCGAAAUAUUGAGCGCAUGAAGGAGCGGAUAGACCAGGGUGUAGCAUACAAAUGUGCUCUUGAGGUCUUCCUGUUCGAUGGUCUGUCGCAAACACGGACACUUUUCUUCAUGCGGUACCUAACAACCUGGCUGCUACGUGUUGUUGCACCGACUCGCGAUUACCCAGAGAAGCUGAUAGAGUUCGUGCUUGCAUCUCUUAUCCCUUAAGGUGGCUGAAUGCUAAUUUCGAAUAGGUUACCGCUUCCUGAGGAACCAUCGGAACGAUUCAGUUGUUUGCCCGAGUAUUUCGUGGAAGACAUUGGGCUUUGCUUCGGAUUUGUGGGAAGGUAUCUCCCGGAAUGCAUUGUGACUACGCAAGUGGAUGAGCUCGUUAUCUUCUGCAUCACCUUUCUUGACAUGUCAGCCUACAUCCGGAAGCCCAGCGUAAAGUCGAAACUCGUGGAGAUACUCUACUAUGGUAUCAAUCCAUACCGAGGAAAGUCCACUGGUAUACUGGGCGAUGCUAUUAACGGCCUCCCCUUUGCUCUCCAGAACCUCAUGCACGCCCUUAUGAACUUCUAUAUUGGUAUGUCCCUCAGAUAUCGCCUUCUCCACCGCCCGCCCGCCAGGCUAAUAUAUAGACAUAGAGAUUGAGCGACAGUACUACGAAAGAUUUACUGUUCGGUACCACAUCUCGGAGAUCAUCAAAUCAAUAUGGCCAAACCUUGCCUUUAGAGAAAGGCUAGAUCGGGAGAGCAAGUGAGUACAUAUCCCUUGGAGAAUGGUAUAUAAUCGUGAGCAAUACUGAUGUCUUGCUAAGGGAAAACGUCGACUUUUUCGUUCAAUUUAUUGCACUUCUUCUAGGUGAUGUAACAUAUGUCUUGCACAAUUCUCUAAGUGCUUUGGCCGAUAUCCACAAGCUCCAGCUCGAGCUAGAGAAUGAAUCAUCAAACCUCACAACUCAGGACAGAGCCGAUAAAGAGAAGGCAUUAGCUAAAGCCGAGCGGGACGCCACAUCCUACAUGUCCCUGGGCAAUGAAACGGUAGCAAUGCUGAAGCUGUUCACGUCUGCGAUUCCCGGCGCAUUUGUCAAGCCAGAGAUUGUUACCUCAUUGGCCGGCAUGUUGAACUUUAAUCUUGAGGCCCUUGUGGGCCCGAAGUGUAACAACCUCUGUGUACGCAAUCCAGAGAAGUACAAAUUCAACCCCAAGGCACUACUCUCGGAAAUUACGGACGUCUAUCUCAAUCUGCGCACAUUCAAGCCGUUUGUCAAAGCGAUCGCACUAGAGGGCCGUUCCUACCGCCCAGAGUUAUUCACCAAGCUCCUAAGCAUACUGGAAAAGAACAAUCUGAAGGGAACACCGGAUAUCGCACUGUUGGCCAAGCUUGCUACUAACAUAGAGGAGACUAAGAGAAAGGAGGAGGAGGGUGAGGUGGAGCUUGGCGAGAUUCCGGAUGACUUCCUGGGUACGUUCUAUAUGCCUAAUAUACACACACAUAUAUCAUUCUCCCAAUGGGUCGGACACAUUUAGCUAACAGUUUCCGCAGAUCCAUUGAUGGCGACGCUAAUGGAAGAUCCUGUGAUCCUCCCCUCUUCAAGAGUCACUAUCGAUCGUCAAACUAUUAGAAUCCAUCUCCUAGGCAAUCCUCUAGACCCCUUUAAUAGAUCCCCAUUGAAAGUCGAAGAUGUCAUUCCGAGUGCGUUCACCCUUUGCCCCUUCCCGUACGUGUUAUGCAGAACUGACGACGGGGAAAUAGACACCGAACUCAAAAACCAAAUACAGGCGUGGAUCAGGGAGCAGCGUGCAAAAGGCGUUGUCAAGAACGACGACGGCAACGACGGGGACGCAAUGGAUUUGGAUCCUUAA